CCUAGAGGCCUCAUUUCACUUCAGAGGGUCACUUCUUCUGCUAUUGUUUAUGAGGACCACCAACCACUCUCCCACACCCACAAUAAUAUCAACUCUCAUCUCGUUCUCUCCUUUUUGGCCUGGCCUUUCCCUCCCGGCUUCUCUGCUUCCAUUUAAUCCAAGAGGAACUCUCUUUCACUGUCGUUCUCUCUUUAGUAAUUUAGCUGAUCUUUAAAACCCCACCGUAGAAGUGUCUGUAGAAAUGGAAAUGAAAUUUACUCCAGAAGCUUUUAAGUUUACAUCUAGCAUGAAGAGGGUUCAGCAGCAAAACGAGCCGGGCAAGGCUGAAACUCCACACUCUGAAUCAGAUGAAGACACAGCUCUCAGUUUGAGUAGCUUGUCAAAGCUUAUAAUUCCUCCUUUGGGUGUUUCAAGCUAUAACCAGAAUCAAAUAAAGUCCAAAGGAUGGAUCAUCUCUCCUAUGGAUUCAAGAUACAGGUGCUGGGAAACAUUUAUGGUGUUGUUAGUAUUUUAUUCUGCAUGGGUUUACCCCUUUGAAGUUUCCUUUUUUAGUUCCUCUCCUCCAAGGAAACUCUACAUUGCCGACAACGUUGUGGACCUAUUCUUCGCAGUUGAUAUUGUCUUGACAUUUUUUGUUGCCUACAUUGAUUCAAGAACCCAGCUGCUUGUCCAGGACUCCCAAAAGAUUGCUGUGAGGUACCUGUCGACAUGGUUCUUAAUGGAUUUGGCAUCAACUAUCCCAUUUGAGGCACUAGGCUACUUGUUCACUGGCAAAAGCAAAGUGGGCAUCUCUUAUUUCCUUUUAGGAUUGCUCAGAUUUUGGCGUCUCAGGCGAGUCAAGCAGUUUUUCACCAGGCUGGAGAAGGACAUCAGAUUCAGCUAUUUCUGGAUCCGAUGUGCUAGGCUUCUAGCUGUGACAUUAUUUCUAGUGCAUUGUGCUGGAUGCCUUUACUACCUGCUAGCUGACCGAUAUCCGCACCAGGGAAGGACGUGGCUGGGGUCAGUGAAUCCAAAUUUCAGGGAGACAAGCCUUUGGAUCAGAUAUAUCUCAGCUUUAUAUUGGUCCAUCACCACUAUGACCACAGUUGGUUAUGGUGACCUCCAUGCCGUGAACACUGUGGAAAUGAUCUUUAUAAUUCUCUACAUGCUCUUCAACCUUGGCUUAACUGCUUAUAUAAUCGGUAACAUGACAAAUUUAGUGGUUGAAGGAACUCGUCGCACCAUGGAAUUUAGGAAUAGUAUUGAAGCAGCAUCAAAUUUUGUCUCUAGAAACCGGUUGCCUCCUAGGUUGAAAGAGCAGAUAUUGGCCUAUAUGUGUUUGAGGUUUAAGGCUGAGAGCUUGAACCAGCAGCAACUCAUUGAACAAUUACCAAAAUCCAUUUAUACAGGCAUCUGCCAGCAUUUGUUCUUACCAACAGUGAAGAAAGUAUAUCUUUUCGAUGGUAUAUCAAGGGAAAUUCUGCUGCACCUGGUUGCAAAGAUGAAAGCUGAAUAUUUACCACCGAGAGAGGAUGUGAUCAUGCAGAAUGAAGCGCCAGAUGAUGUUUACAUCAUUGUGUCCGGAGAAGUGGAAAUCAUUGACUAUGAGAUGAAGAAAGAGACGGCUGUUGGAACUCUGCGUUCUGAGGACAUCUUUGGAGAAAUUGGUGCACUUUGUUGCAGACCGCAAAGAUUUACAUUUAGAACAAAGACACUUUCCCAACUCUUGAGGCUCAAAACCACAGAUCUGAUUGCAGCAAUGCAGACCAAACAAGAAGAUAACCUUGCUAUCCUUAAAAACUUCCUUCAGCAAAACAAAAGGCUUGAGGAUCAUAAAAUCGGAGAUUUAGUAAUGGAGGGUGGAGAAGAAGAUGGUGAUCCCAAAAACAUUGCUAUUAGUUUGCUAACUGUGGCCGAUGCAGGCAAUGCUGCUUUUCUCGAUGAGCUUCUGAAGGCAAGAUUGGACCCUGACAUAGGAGAUUCUGAAGGGAGAACCCCAUUGCACAUAGCAGCAUCAAAAGGGCAUGAAGAAUCUGUACUGGUACUCCUUAAGCAUGCUUGCAAUGUACAUGUACGAGAUAUGAAUGGUAACACUGCAUUAUGGGAUGCUAUAUCCUCAAAGCACCAUUCUAUCUUUACGGUCCUAUACCAUUUUGCCACCAUUUCUGACCCGUUCACUGCUGGUGAUCUCUUGUGCACUGCUGCAAAAAGAAAUGAUCUGACCGUGAUGCAAGAACUACUGAAACACGGAUUAAGUGUGGAUGCAAAGGAUCGCCAUGGAUUAACAGCGUUACAAAUUGCCAUGAGAGAGAAACAUGAAGACAUGGUUAAUCUACUUGUAAUGAAUGGAGCAGAUGUCAUUAAUGCAAAUACAUAUGAAUUUUCUUCCAUAGCUUUGAAUGAAAUGCUGAAGAAGCGAGAGAUUGGCCAUCGAAUUACAGUAACUGAUACCACGUCUGGUGAAGAACUACUGAAGAAGCUUGAAAGGGAUGAUGUAGGCAUAUUAGGCAAAUGCAGAGGACUAGACCCCCUAAGGGUGAGCAUUUAUAGAGGUCAUCCUCUAAUGAGAAAAGAAUCUUGUUGUAUGGAGCCUGGGAAGCUAAUUAGGUUGCCAGAUUCUCUUGAUGAGCUCAAGAACUUUGCAGGUGAAAAGUUUGGGAUUGAUCCAAGGAAUGCGAUUGUAACAGAUGAAGCAGGGGCUGAAAUUGAUUCCAUUGAAGUGAUCAGAGAUAACGAUAAGCUUUUCAUUGUUGAAGAACCAAUAAAUUACCCUAUGUAAUCAAACUUAAUCGGAUCAGACAGAUCAACUCUUCUUCAGCAGUAUGCGUUCCACAAGGAAAGCACAACCUUAUACAAUUUGUACAUUACUAGCCUCACAUAAUCAGGGAAAUGUUUUUCUUCCCUUGGUUUAUUGUUUUUCCUUCCGGGCCAUCAGGUUGAAACUGCUAACGGUUAGAGCCCUUAACUUGCCUCUCAUUUUUCUCUUUGGAUGCUUUUUGUGUACGUAUCCAAAGGGUGAAUCGUACUUCAAGUAAUUUUCAUAAGCUUGAGAAAUUAAAUGAUCACUUGAUUCAAAGUGAUGAUGAUCUUUAGUUGAACAUGCUCAA